AUGUCUGAAUCAGGUGUAGAGAGUCCAACUGAAGUUCCACAAACUCCAGCAUCCAUGGGAGGAGACUCAAUUCUCGAUGACGUGGUUGAUCAAUAUCAUGAAGACAACGAACACGAACUGGUACAUACACCAGCAGCUGUUUCAUCACCUGCUCCACCAAGAGAAGACUUGGAUGAAAGAUUAACUCAGGAAGUUAGCUAUUUAUCAACUCAAUUAAUGACUGUUAUGGGUAGACAGGUUGAAUUAGAGGAAGUAAUCCAACAUUUAAAACGAGAUAAUGGACAAUUAAAAGCCCAAGUUCAAACUUUAACGGUUGAUAGUCAAAAUUAUGCCUUAUUAGUGCCUCAACAUGAACAAUUACAACAAGAAUUUACAACUCAUAAAACUGAUAAAGAGACUGAAUUCGUGGCUUUACAAGCUGAAGUUGCAGAAAGUAAUCGAUUAAAAGAUGCAGCUGAAGACGAGGUUAAUAAAUUACGUGCUGAAGUUGAAGAAUUAACUGCUUCAUUAUUCGAUGAAGCUAAUAAAAUGGUAAGUGAAAGUAAUCGUGAAGUAAAUAAUUUUAAAAUUAAAAAUGGGAAAUUAUAUGAAGAAUUGGAUGAGAAAGAUACUAUUAUUGAAGGAUUACAAGCUCAAUUAAAUGCAUUAAAAGACCUUUUCGCUCAAUUAGAAGAAAAGGAAAAACUUCAUUCAUCAAGAAAUGGAACUCCUCAAGUUGAACAAGGUGAGUUUAUUACCGGAGGUGAAUCUAAAAGUAUCAAUGGAGGAGGAUCAGAAGAAAAUUUCCAAGAUCAACAAUUAAAAUCAGUUAUAUUUUCACCAAAUGUUAAUAGUAUACGAUUUGAUUUAAAUAAUUAUCAAAAGGAAUUUAAACAAUUCAUUUAUGCUUUAAUCAAUCCUGAUUUUGUAUUUGAUUUAGCCAAUUUAAGAAACUUGAAAUAUUUUAAAAAGAUAUGGAUAGAAGAAUUAGAACCAAGUAUAUCAUAUGUCCCUAAUUUAUCAGUUUCAUCAUUAAUCAAUCGAUGGAAUAAGAAUAAACAUUUCUGGAAUGCAAUUGUGGAAGGAAGAGCUAUAAUUGAACCAGUUAAUGGGAUUAAUGAAGUUUUUAAAUUAGCUUAUCGAGGAAAAGCCAAUGGUGAAAAACCAAAAGGACCACCUCCAAUUCCUGUGGCGAUUAAAGAAGGUUGUGGACUUUGUGGUGAAUCAAGAAAGGAUAUCUUAGAACAUUCAAGAUUAUAUUAUUUUAAAUUAUUAGUUGAUCAACCAGUUGGUUCAACAACUCCUAAUGAUGAGAUAAUUGGAAGUUAUCCAUUAUGUAAUUAUUGUUUGAUUAAAUUAAGAAAUCUUUGUGAAUUCUUUGCUAAAUUAAGAGCCAUUCAUCAAAAUGUAUAUCAAUUGAAACCUAAUAAAUCAUUUGAAGAAUUUAAUUACGCCACUACCAAUUCUCAUAAUGUGACUGAUUCAACCACAACUCCUUCAACAACAGCAUCUUCACCUGCUACGUUUAGUGGACCAUUUAAACGAAGUAAUUCAUAUUCAUCAUCCAUCCCUACUGCAACUGAUUCAGAAUCAAAUUUAAUGAAUAGUAAUGUAUCAGCGGUGCAUGUAGGAAGGGAUGAAGAAGCUAAAUUGAUUAAGAUUUAUUUCAUGUUAAUUUUGAUUAGAAAUAAAUUAUUUUGGAGUAAGAUUGGAUUUUGGGAUAAUAGUGAUAAUAUUAAGGAGAUUAAUCUUGAAGAUGUAAGGUAUGCUACAUUUAAAAGUUUAGUUGGUCAUAUACCUGAAAAUGCCAUUGAAAAACCAGAUACUCCACCUCCAGUUGAAAUAGUAGCCGUUGAAGAUGAAGAUGAUAAUGAAAAGAAGGUGGUUGUUGAUCAAACUAAGCUUAAAGUAGCGGAAACCGAAGAAGAAGAUAGUGAUGAUGGAGCAUUUGCUGAUUCAUCACAACACUUUGAAGGUAAAGUAAGCUUAGAGAAUGGAGGAGAAGAAAAAAAGUCCGAAGUUGAUGGCGAUGAAGAGGAGAAAGAUCAACCAGAACAAGAGGAAGGAGGGGAAGAUGACGGAGAAGAAGGAGAACUUGAUGAGGGUAAAGUUGACUUAACUAGAAAACCAUCUAAAUCGAAGCAAUUUCUGCAAAAGUUGAAUAAUGAUUUAGAUGAAACAUUAGAGAUGUUAAAAGAAAGUAUUGAACAGUAA